UCAAGAUGUCGCUGGCGAGUUGGUGCCGUGUUUCUGCUCACUUAGCUCGCGCUCAUCGUAGACAUUUUUUAAAAGGCCAUUUGCCUUUGAUAGGAAUUGCCAAUAGUAGGUGUUUUUCAGAAGCUAAAAGUGAAGUAGAUCUCUGUGUCAUCGGUUCGGGACCUGGUGGAUAUGUUGCUGCAAUCAAAGCUGCACAGUUGGGAAUGAAAACUGUUUGUGUUGAGAAGAAUGCAACUCUUGGAGGCACAUGUUUAAAUGUAGGAUGUAUUCCGUCAAAAGCAUUAUUAAAUAAUUCACAUUUCUAUCAUCUAGUCCAUUCUGGCGAUUUUAAAAAUAGGGGUAUUGAAACUGGAGAUUUGAAACUGAAUUUAGACAAAAUGAUGGAGCAGAAGGCUGGUGCUGUGACGGCAUUAACUGGCGGCAUUGCUCAUUUGUUUAAACAGAACAAAGUAACCCGUCUAAGUGGGUAUGGUCGAAUCACAGGCCCCAAUGAAGUUGCAGUAUUUGAUACAACACAACAUCACGUCAAAGAAGUAGUGAAAGCAAAGAAUAUUCUCAUAGCUACUGGAUCAGAAGUAACACCGUUUCCUGGCAUUGAGAUUGAUGAAACACAGAUUAUAUCAUCAACGGGUGCACUGUCAUUAGAGAAAGUUCCUGAAAAAAUGAUAGUCAUAGGAGCUGGAGUUAUUGGGGUAGAAUUGGGCUCGGUGUGGUCACGCCUGGGUUCACAAGUUACAGCAGUAGAGUUUCUUGGACACGUUGGCGGCUUGGGUAUAGAUAUGGAAAUAAGUAAAAACUUUAAGCGAAUUUUGGAGAAACAGAAAAUGAAAUUCAAGCUGAACACCAAAGUGACUGCAGCAAGUAAGACACCUGAUGGAAAAGUGAAAGUUAGCGUAGAGUCAGUGAAAGAUUCCAGUAAGAAAGAUGAACUAGAGUGUGAUGUGUUGCUCGUAUGUAUUGGUAGACGACCAUACACAGAGACAUUAGGAUUGGAGGAAAUCGGAAUAGAAACUGAUAAUAGAGGAAGGAUUCCAGUAAAUGGUAGAUUCCAAACCUCUGUGCCAAGUAUUUUUGCCAUUGGUGACUGCAUCCAGGGUCCCAUGCUUGCCCACAAAGCUGAAGACGAAGGUAUACUGUGUGUGGAAGGAAUUGGUGGUGCCCCUGUACAUAUAGAUUAUAAUUGUGUUCCCUCAGUUAUUUACACACACCCUGAAGUGGCAUGGGUUGGUAAAACAGAAGAACAAUUGAAGGAGGAAGGUGUUCAGUACAACGUUGGGAAAUUCCCCUUUAUGGCUAAUAGUAGAGCUAAAACAAAUGCUGACACUGAUGGCUUAGUAAAGAUCCUUUCUGAUAAAACAUCAGAUAGAAUGUUAGGUGCUUUCAUUAUUGGUUCAGUUGCUGGUGAAAUGAUAAACGAAGCAGCAUUGGCUAUGGAGUAUGGUGCAUCAUGUGAAGACAUAGCCAGAGUAUGCCAUGCACAUCCAACAUGUUCAGAAGCCUUUCGUGAAGCGAAUUUGGCAGCAUGGACAGGAAAAGCAAUCAACUUUUAAACUAAAUGUAUAUCUCUGUUUGUUGACAAGUUUAAUUCAAUGAGGGGCGUUAUGAAUUUACCGGUAAUUACACUCGUCGGUCAUGGAUGUUAUUCCUCUAUUUGCUGUGUGAUCAUGUUUAUUUUCAUUUCUUACCCCCACCUACUCUGCUCACUAAGCUAUCCUAUUUAAUGAAGCUGCUACACCAAUUAAAGGUAGUUCUGCAUAAUAAUGUCUUUUAUUUAAAUUUGUGGGAACAUAAAUAAAUUUGUGAAGGCUAGUGAAACUAACAAUGUGCAAAGUGUUUGGAAAGCUGUUCUAGAAAAAGUGUUGGCAUUUUCAAAAUAAAAAAAAGUGCCAGUUAUUGUUAUGAUACAUACAUCCACCCUUUGAGAUUAUACUUCUAAUGAGAAUGUACAUGUGAUGACAUUAGUAGAAGUAAUCAUACUACUAUGCCUCAAUAACGUUUCCUAAUUAGUGUGCUGUGCAUUGGUAAAGCAAUAUGUGACACUUUAAUAGAUAUGAAAUCUGAUGCAUCUACUCCCACGCUGGCUUUAAAUUGUACAGUUUCAUAAAUUUUAUCGAGAGAGGUGGCAAUACGAAUUGUAGCCAUUUGUGUGCAUUCAAUGAUAGUCAUGUUCUCUGUAUUAUCAUACUGUGGUUUCAAAUAAAUUUUAUCAAAAACU